UGUUUCCAAUGCGUUGCCAUUUAAUAGGCAUUUAAAUUGGAUUUUAUUGGUUAUAUAAUAAUUGAUUUGAUUUGUGUGGUGAAGACAUCGACAAUUGUCUUCAAUUACAGUGUUAUAUAUAACUUAUAACCACAAACACCAACAACAAUGGCUUCUUCAUCAUCAUCAUCAUCAUCACCACCACUGUUGCUGUCGAUGAUAUCAUUGUUGGUGUUAUUGACAAUAAUAGCCGCCAUCGACUGUUUGCACACUACUGGCGUCUGGAGUCCAUCAGCUGAUCCAAUGAAAGUUAUGGCCCGAUUCGGUGUCGGCAAAUCGGAUCCGCAUCACAAAGAGGACAGCUAUGGCUACGUGUUUGGCAAUGUUAGCAAACAUAUGGAUCCAAAUGAAAAGAUCAAGACUAAGACCAGUGCCCUAUUGUUGGUCAAUAGGCAACUGUUUCUCAAGAUAUACAGCGCAUACAAUACAUAUAAGAUGAUGACUGGAUCAGCCUCUGACAGUGACACCGCCGCCGCCAACAACCAUAGUAUGACAUUUUGCCGAAAAGUUUUCGACGACAUCAUCGGCGACAAAGCCUACGACCAGACCUGCGCUACCGAUAAUAAGUGGGAUAUCAUGCGAUUUGUUCCCUGCGCUGAUGGCGGCCUAUGCGAGGGCGCCAUCAAGAGCUCGCAAAUCGUUCAGAACUAUCAGUUUACUUAUGUCAUCGAAGAUCAAACGGAACCGACAUUUUGGUUUCUAUUACUAAUGGGCUGUUAUCGUGAGGAGGUUAGGCCCACCCCCACCCCUACCACCACCAACACCACAAACGGCACACAACAAAACAUAACCUGCCAUUGGAAAGAUGGUACGGCUGACGAUUCUGUACUCAAAUAUGAUGUAUGGCUAGUGAACGGCCAUCCGAGCAGUGCAUCCAACAAACUUCUCGACUUUGACCACCAGUUUUCAUUUGAACAACAGGAUCUAUUACUUAACCUACUAUUGGUAAUCUUUUACAUAGUACUGACAGCUGCACAACUCUAUGCCUUUACCUCCCAGAAGAUCCGUAACCUAUUGUCCUAUUUGUUUACAAUAUCACUGUCGAUGCACUGUCUAUCCGACUUCUUCCUAGUCUUGCACAAGAUUGUCUUCGCACACGAUGGCCAGGGAUUCGAGAUAUUGAAUACUGUUGCCGACAUUAUACGCAUACUAUCGCUGGCAUUGUUCAUACUGUUUGUUAUGAUUAUAGCCAAGGGCUGGCCGGUUACCAAACCGGAGAUUACAGCCAAACCAUUGAUAUUCGUUGCGUGGCUUCUCUAUAUAAUCAUUGAAAUCAUAUUAUUUAUUUGGAUUAGGAAAUCGUUGAACACAAUUGAAGAGAUCGAUGAAUACCAUACGUUUCCCGGUUGGAUAAGCCUAGGGUUUCGUGUCAUACUAAUGAUGUGGUUCCUCUAUGAACUUCGCUUGUCGAUGAUGUUGGAACAGGAUCAGCGCCGACUAAAGUUUUACUUGCAUUUCGGUGCCGGUAUACUCGUAUGGUUUGUCCAUUUGCCACUGGUGGCUAUGGUUGCCCUCCAAAUUGAGCUAAUGUGGCGAUACAAACUGAUUUCGGGAUUUUCGUCGGCAGCCGAUUUCCUGGCCUACGCCAUAGUAGCGCACCUGAUGUGGCCGACCCGUCAAAAUCAUCACUUCCUAACCCAUCAGUCGGACAUUGACUAUACCGAAGAGCUCGAAUACUACGACGACAGUACACUAACAAACUCGGAGUCGUUUAACUUUACUAAUGCUAACUAUCGGGACAAUCAUCAUCAUCAUCACCACCAGUCCAAUGGCCACCGGGGGACGACAUCCAAUGGUUACACUACAUAUGAUAAUCAUAUUAGUUGUGAUAUAAAAGCAUAGAUGAAUUGAAUUGUUUUGUUUGUUUGUUUGUUUUGUAGGCCUAAAAUAGUUUUUAAAUCAAUUGAUUUAUUAGUAUUUAUAAACUAAAAAAGUUGAAUAUAAAUAUUUAUAUAUAGAGAGAGUGAGUGAGAGAUGAUAUCAUUAAUUUAUAGUUUUAAUAAUAAUAAUAUUAAUUAAUUAAUUAAUAAUUAAA